AUGUCUGAAGAAAAUUUUAUGGUCACACAGAAGCGCGAACAAGGUUCUUGGUCUUAUACGGAUUUUUUAAUUACAAACUGUGACAUUAUCGUAGUUUCACUACUAUAUUUGAAUAAUUAUACAAGUCUUAAUGGCACCUGGACCAAGCGAUUCCUGACGUCUGUAAGAGAGUUGUAUCCAGAGUUUGCUGACCAUAUAGAAAGGAAGGCAGAACAAGAACGCACACCUGAUUUUUAUCAAUUUUGGAAUGAUUUAAUGGAUGAACGAUUAAAAGUAAGGUUCGGAAACUAUACAAUAAAGAGACACUUCUUACGCUUGAAGACUCUGGAAAGUAUCACAGAAGGCAGCUACGCUCAUCUUACAGAAAGGAAGAAGCGUCUUCGAGCAAGCGUUCUAAUAGCACUUUUAUGUUCUAAUCAAAUUCCUCUCGCAGAGGCAAAGAAG